UAGGUGGGUGGAGCCCGAUAACCGAUUGGAGAUUGCCGCUGUCCAUCAGGCCAGGGCGUGCCGGUUGAGGGGAUCGAGAGGCGAAUUGAAGCAGGUCAUUGUAAGAAUGCAGUUCUUUGGCCGUUUGGUAGACACACUGAAUACUGUGACCAACCUCUUUGCCAACCCUUACCGGGUACGAGAGGUGCCACUGUCCGAAUAUGUGUCACACAGCAGAAUUAUGGACGACGGACGGGUGGUGUUGUAUCGGACAGCACAGUCUUGGGACUGCUUGCUUAUCAACCCCAAAACACCUCAGAAUGCUUUCAGGUUGUUCCAGGUGAGCUCUGAAGUGGAGGCAAGAACAAUGUUUGUACAGUUUGCAACGAAGAUGAGACCAUUCUAUGAGAUCUCGCCAGACUCACUGAAAGUUGACACUGUGCAGCAGCUGACUGACUGUUUGCGAAGCCAUCCAAACUGGCCCUUGGCUCACGUAGCCGUAGAGAUGAACAUGAAGGACAGCUUUCGCCACAAUCACAUUAUGCGCUGCAUAAACGAUACGGAGAGCGAAGAGGGGAUCACCCCUCUACACCUUGCUUGCAAGAAGGAUGACAUUGACUGUGUUCGUGAGCUGGUGGAAGAAUGUGGAGUCAGGUUAGACAUUGCAGACAAGAAUGGGGAAACUGUCUUCCACUACGCAGCUCGUCAGUCUAAUUGCCAGAUGAUCGAGUUGUUCAGCAAACACCGCUCUGUUGGAGUGAAUCACUUGAGCAAUAGCGGUGAGACACCGCUUCAUGUUGCUUGUCGACUGGGAAAAACUGAUGUAGCUAAAUCCCUGCUCCAUUGCCAAGCCAAUUGUAAUAUUGUUGGAUCACACGGUUAUCCAAUCCAUACAGCCAUGAAGUUCAUCCAGGCAGGGUGCGCUGAGGCUAUCCUAGAUACAGACCCAAGUCAAAUCUCCACUGAAGAUCCUCAUUAUGGAGGGACACCUCUCCAUUGGGCCAAGAAAUCAGAUAUGAUCCGACUGCUGAUUAACCGUGGAUGCGCCUUGGACUACUUAAGUAAAACUGGAGAGACACCAUUGCACAUCAUGGUGAAACGUGGGCGUUUUGAGUGUGCCAUGAUUCUGUUAGUACAUGGAGCAGAUACAAAUGCAAAAGGCGAAAGUGGGAACACUCCUCUUCAUCUUGCCAUGAAGCUAGAUAACCUGGAACUUAUCAAGGCUCUGAUCGUGUUUGGGGCUGAUGUGAAAUUGCCCAAUGAUUUCGGCGAGACACCUGGUUUGAUUGCUGCACGCCACAGUAAAGGCAGUAACCGGAAGGUGAUGCUGAACCUACUGUGUAGUAUAGGGGCUGAACGCUGUUAUCCACCUUCUCCAGACUCCCCCUCACCGUCACCCAGCCAUACUGCAAGACCAGUCCCAGUGAAAACCAACCGUGGAUUAGGAUUUGAGGAUAUCUUAGGGAUUGCCACUGUAGUCGGUUCCUUAUCGAAAGGGCUAGAUGCUGCAGAUGGUGAUGGAUAUGUGCACAGGAGAUAUGAUCGUUUACUGUGCUUGGAUGGGGGUGGAAUUCGAGGGCUUGUUCUAAUUCAGCUACUUAUUGCCAUCGAGCAGGCUGCUGGCCAGCCCGUCCGGGAGCUGUUCGAUUGGAUAUCGGGCACCAGCACUGGUGGAAUUCUAGCCCUUGCUAUUGUACAUGGCAAAUCCAUGCAAUAUCUGCGUUGCCUUUAUUUCCGGAUGAAAGAUGAAGUGUUUAAAGGAUCCAGACCAUUCUCAUCGGUUCCACUUGAGGAGUUUCUGAAGAAGGAGUUUGGGGAAAAUACCAAAAUGAUUGAUGUCACCAAACCUAAAGUGAUGGUGACUGGAACUUUGGCUGAUCGGCAUCCUGGGGAGCUUCACCUGUUCCGCAACUACAACCCGCCAGAACCACAGCAUGAUCCACCUUAUACAAGGACAGCAGAGUUCCAGGCACUCACCCAACCUAAAGACCAGUUGGUGUGGCGAGCAGCUCGUUGCAGUGGUGCGGCCCCGACCUACUUCCGACCCAUGGGCCGCUUCCUGGACGGAGGGCUGCUUGCAAACAAUCCAACGCUGGAUGCCUUGACUGAAAUCCAUGAAUACAAUCAGAACCUGAGGAGAAAAGGUAGAGAGGAUCAGGUGAAGAAGCUCGGUAUCGUUGUUUCUCUUGGAACAGGAAAGCCGCCACAGGUACCUGUGACUUCUGUCGACGUCUUCCGUCCCUCCAAUCCUUGGGAACUGGCUAAGACAGUCUUUGGUGCCAGAGAGCUGGGCAAGAUGGUGGUUGACUGCUGCACUGAUUCAGAUGGUCGAGCGGUGGAUCGAGCCAGAGCCUGGUGUGAAAUGGUGGAUAUUCCAUACUUCAGGCUCAAUUCACAGCUUAAAACGGAUGUGAUGUUGGAUGAGAUUGACGAUGCUAUUUUAAUCAACAUGCUUUGGGACACACAAAUCUACAUCCACCAGGAGAGGGAGAGAAUCCAACAACUUGCUCAACUUUUGUUAAGUGCUUGACUUAGGUGGGGUUGAUGAAAAAAUGAAAAGCUGCAUUAAUGAAGACUGACCAAGUUGGCUUUGUGAGCAUCUAUCAUUUACAGAACUGACCGAAUAUUAUAUGUUUAAUUUUUCAAGUACUGAAGAUUAAAACGAAACAGUGCUGCUUUGCUGCACCAGUUGUACAUCAAUUAUACAGAUAUACAGUGGCUGAUCCGAAGUGUCUUGAGUUUAGUCCAAAGAAAGCCAAGAAAGAGAACAAAAGAAAAAAUAUCUUGGUUUGGAAUAUUCCAUCCAUCAAUGUCAUAUCUUGCCUUUUUUCUUUACAGUUUGUUACACACUUGCAUUUCACAUUUGAGAAGAAUGACUGCUGUCACAGUAAUGGGGGUAAAUUCAUGGUUUAUGAAAACUAUGAUCAGGCUGGAUGGGCUGAAUGGCCUUCACAUGCUCUUGUAUUAUUAAAUGAGCUGGUUGUAGUUUGGUUUCUGCUUAUUCAAACAGUGAUACAGUUCACUUUGGGGCACCAAAUUAGGGAUUGGCUCUGUAAACAGCAGCGAUGGUUCUCAGUAUUGGGAUAAUGGCUGGUUAUGAUUUCUAUAAAUUGCUAAGUAUAGCAAUCAUAAGAAUUGCAACGGCGUGGAAUUAAACACAUCUUUUGAUGGAUCUAGGUAUAUUCUUACAUUUACUUUCAUUGUGGAUUUAUCCUAGUUACCCAGCCUCUGAAGCUGACAAAGAGCCAAUACAUCUGAAAUAGAUGGUCUUUGAGGAAUAUAUUUAUUUUGUAUUAUGUAAUGUGUUGUUUCUAAGCCUCUGUGUGAUUUCACAUUUCUUCCAAGUUGACAACAAAGACUGUUAAUAUAUGUUGGAAAGUGAGAAAACAUUUGUGGCCUCCUCACACCAAAUGGGCAACAUAAGUUAUUACUACUAAGUUGUGGACCAAUCCUCAUCAUUGCUGAGUAUCCAUUUGGGGAAAGCGUGUGUGUGUGUGUGAGUACAGUUUCCACAAGGCUUCACAGUGCAGAACCGUACCAUAGGAAUACUUCAAUGUCAGUGAAUGAUGUCUUUGUGUGUGAUGGUGAUGAGUGGAAGAAAAGGGUUUUUGUUCUUUGUUACAGGAGAGAGUGAAUCAAGAGGAAUGGUUUCCACUGACACGUACUUUGUUUUUCAUCCACCCCUGUCCCACUUUAGUUAACCCAGAAAAUGGUGUUGGGUAACGUGUUUUUCUAGGCUUGAAUUUGUCUGAAAUAGUUGUUGCAAGGGCAGGAGGUAGAAGUCAAUCCAAUGAAACAUAUAAACAAAGGCUCCAUCUAUCCUCUAUGGGAGGCAUAACCAAAUCCCCUGCUGCUAUUUGCGUGAUGUCGCUGCGUAUUAUUUGGCUGCUGUCUUUCCUGCAUUACAACAGUAGGCAAGACGGGAAAAAAAAGUUCAAACACUAGACUGGCCACAAAGCACUAGGAAACCUUCUGAGGUCAUGAAAGGUGCUAUAGAAAUCUAGGUCUUUAUUUUAAAACCCUUGAUCAAACAGAUGACACAGCGCCUCAGAGAGAGGAAAAUGUGAUGGACCAAAUAGACUUUCAUUAUGUUUUCAACAUUUCUUUGUCAUAAAUUCACGAAUUAACAUUGAACUGACUGCCUUACUUAACAGUAUGUUUUAAUUUAUUUAAAUUAUACACUUAGUUUUGGUGGUUGCAUUUAAGAAUAUGUCAUGAUGAUGAGCUUAUUGAAGUGGAAAACCAAUAAACAGUUUUGUGAGUGUGUGCAUCAAACCUCCAACUGAUGUUACAAUAUGCAGGAUUAAACUGUAAUACCGUGUGCCUCAGUUAUCUGUAAUUAUGCAAUUCUGAUCUUCGUCUUCACUCACAAUGUACAAUGUGAAUAUAAUAAAAGAAUAACUAAAAGGUUUUCAAACUGUAA